CCUCUGUCACUUGAGCCAGUGAGUAGGUUAUCAUUUAAAGAGUACGUUUUAUGUCAGACAUAUGUCAUUUUAAAAUGUAAGGUAUGUUCCCAUUUAUUUAAACUAGCGUAGGCUAACUAAAAUGGUGAUACGGCAACGAAGAAGAAAGUCUUGCAUGUUGCGUUAUGGCUAAAUCGGAUCACUAAUGUCAGUCACCCAUCUAACCAUUGGAACAGUUGGAUUGCUGUUGAGUAAUUACCCGAGCUACCUGGGGAAUUAGGAUCAGGCCAAGUAAGACGAAGAGAAUGGUGACAAAGAAAAUUAGGACUGAAUAUAUGAAGAAAUUCAAAGACCCGAAAUGGGAAACGUACUCCAAAUCUUACGAGGACUCGCUGAAAUACAGACUGACUCGAAGGCUUUUGGAGCAUGCUCACAAACCGUGGUUCUGGGAAGGUUGGGACAGUGGAUCAGAGUCGAGCGGGAGAUCCACUCCCAGAAACAGGAAUAAGGUAGAACCUUUAAAUCUCAACGAACAAAUGCCACAUGAAAACGAGACCGAUGAACCGCUAGGAAAAAACAAUUUACCUAAAGAUUCUUUAAAAUCAAACGGUCUUGAAAUAGCCGAACGGCAAACAGUAGCUGACAUUUCACACCCUCUGCUUCACACAGAUGCUAUUGUGGAUGGGAAUUCAGCUGAGGAGGACCAGGGACAUGGGGAGAAGCAAGAACACACAGGUCGACCCCGUGGCACAUGCGCAGAGACAGAUUGCAGUGGCCAUGUGCCUUCCAACCCCCACCCCCAGCAAAAGCCUGCCAGGGCCAAAAGCCAGGAGCCCACAGAGAAUCUGACCGAGAAGGAGAACAGACACCCCUUUGCCCUCUAUGGCUGGGCUGAGAAACAGGUAGAGACAGCCAUCAAGAAAACCCACAACGUGUGCACUUCUGCUUCCACAAAGGAGAUUCAUCCAUCAGCCUUGCGGGCCAAAACCAGAUGGGAAGCUGAGAAAAUAGGGAGAGCGCUUGAUCGCAGGCGUGCACGGUCGGCUGAUCUGGAGAAGAUGCAUAAGACCAAACUGGACCCUGUGGACGACCCUUGGAUGACCGAGUAUAUGCGCUGCUUUUCAGCUCGAUCACGAUAGGGCGUGAAUAUGCUGUAAAACCCAUCCCAGGCAUCAACUUUCCUUACAGGACACUGCCUAUUGUCUAGUGUGGACCUGGGUCAGCUGAUACACACUUUGAGUGGUGUUGGCUGGAGAAUUUGUCAUGUGUUUCUUGUUUUCUCACAAAAUGGUGCUGUAUAAUUGGCAAAGGUUGAAAAUGGGCAGACAUUUUCUAUCGGUCAAUGACAUGACAUGUACAGUGUGCAAUUGCAGUAUUUUCCAUAUUAUAUUUUCCAGUUGCAUAUGUACACACAUUAUGUGACACAAUUGUACUCUCAUUAAUUGAAUCAGUUGUUUAUGGUGGUUCGAUAAAUUCAGGGACCUUUGCUAUUUAAAGUUAAAGAAUGUCAUGCGGAUUAACUGUGUGAAGUCCAAGCAACACAAACGUUAUCAAAAUGGUACAUUGUUUUGUUGUCUAAACUGCCUGUCUGAUUAGUUUAUGCAACAAAAGUCAGUCCGUUAUCUUACCAUGUUACCAGACAUGCCAGUUACAGGGCAAUUAAUGGUUACACCAAUUAUUAAGUCUAUUUUGGUCUUUAUUUUAGGUGAAUAUGAAUUUUGAAUGUAAGGCUAUGGUUGAUGUAAUGAAGGGUAGUAUGUACAGUAUUUAUUAAUACACUACCCUUUUUUGUAUCAGGUGCUUGGCUUUCGUUGAAUGUUUAUUUUGGUGUAAAAUAUUUUAGUAGGUGUGUGUGUGUUUUUAAUAAAAAUGUGGUUUAUACUA